AUGGGCAACACUGGCUCGUCGUCAUCACGUGGCCAUCACGACGAAACUGUAGACUACGGUCAUCUCAUUCCUCAGGGCGUCUACACUGGACCUAAAGACUGGAAUCAUGGGAUCGUCACCCAGUUCAUCGUAGAUCGCAAACUUGCUCCUUUCUAUCGACCUCUAGAAGAUUACAAUGAAAACUGGGACGAUGAACAGAUCAUGUCAGCUAGGAGGGUCCUCCCAGAUUCUGACAGCAGCCACUCCGACACCUCCCCCACAAGGGUUGACUCGCGAGAUGGCUCAAAGCCAGCUAAUCAGUCUAAGCGACCUGGUACAUUGAAGGAGACCUCCCGUUGUCCAGAGGCCGCCGUUUAUAGAGGUGCUGUAGAAUGCCCAAUAUGUUUCCUUUAUUACCCACCUAACAUGAACUAUUCAAGAUGUUGCGAUCAGGCAAUAUGUACUGAGUGUUUUGUUCAGAUAAAGAGGACUGAACCCACGGCUACACAUCUCGUAUCUGAGCCAGCAGCAUGCCCAUAUUGUGUGCAGGAAAAUUUCGGUGUGGUAUACACUCCUCCUUCAUGGCGUACCGGAAUUGGGAGCGAUGGAAUGUCACCACCAGUAUGGGGGGAAACUCCCAAAGGCUUGCAGCAGAAUAUACCAAACGCAGUUCACAAACGACGCCGCAAGAGCUUUGGUCAUGAUAGCCCGGAUGUGGUUACGACAGAUCAAAUACGGCCUGACUGGGAAGCCAAACUUGCCGCUGUUCGAGCUGCUGUUACGCGCCGUGCGAAUAGGCGAAUAAUCAUGCGUCAAGUAGGGGAUAGACUAAUUCCAGUUGGUGUGACCAGCGGUCGUGUUCAUGCACUACCUACCGGUGAUGGUCAGGACGGCGGCGAAGCGGACACCGGUGCCGGUCGAAGAAGUCGGCGACAUAGAAACAAUGGCCAACCGGAUAUUAGCCAAUUACUGGGUCAGAUGGGUCUUGGUGGUCAAGAUUUGGAAGAGUUAAUGGUCAUGGAGGCUAUGCGCCUUUCACUUUUGGAACAUGAAGAGCAGCAAAGAAAAGAAGAAGAGAAGCGAAAGAAGGAAGCUGCUGCUGCUGCUUCAGGGGGGGCUAUAGAAGGAGACACUUCUCCCGGUCGCUCGAGCGAGGAUCAGACCACCGCAGACACAGUAGGCAACGACGCUUCCAAUAUCCUAUCGGCGGCUCGGAGCUUGGAGUCGGGAGAGGCCUUAGCCGAAGCGAAUCACGGUGGUAGUCGGGCAAUAACCCCUGUAGCAGGUCAACCAACCUCUUCAUCUCGUUCACAGACACCCGUUGACACCAGCGCCACCCGCAGUGAUGGGGCAAUCUCGAUUUCAGCCCAACCACAAUGCAUGACACCGGGCACCUCAUUACCGAUGGUUGGUGAUGGAAUUGUUGAUUCCACAGCAUCGACAGUGCCCAAUGGAGUAGUCAAGUUUUCAAGUCAGAAGACUUCCAUGCCGUUUGCCAACAUGAAACCAUCCGCAGGGACGCCUGGUGCGGCCUCCAUGUCGUCCUCCAUUUUCAGCCCCAAUACUUCAGAACAGCCAUCUUAUGAUGCACUUCCGUCUUCGCCAGAAUCGUCAAUGGAAGAGCCGUUGUUGAAUACGGACUUGGUUUCAGUCAGGACCACUGCAGAGACUGUCUAA